AUGUCGUCGUGGGGUGAACACUUCCGAGUCACCACCUAUGGUGAAUCGCACUGCCGAUCAGUCGGCUGCAUUGUCGAUGGUGUUCCUCCUGGCAUGCAACUUACCGAGGAUGAUAUCCAGCCUCAAAUGACCCGCCGUCGUCCCGGCCAGAGUGCCCUGACUACCCCGCGGAACGAGAAGGACCGAGUCGAGAUUCAAUCCGGUACAGAGUUUGGAGUCACAUUGGGUACGCCCAUUGGAAUGCUGGUCCGUAAUGAGGACCAGCGCCCCAAGGACUACGGUGGCAGCACAAUGGACCUCUACCCUCGUCCCAGCCAUGCCGACUUCACCUACCUCGAGAAGUAUGGCGUCAAGGCCAGCAGCGGUGGCGGCCGUAGCAGUGCCCGUGAGACCAUUGGCCGUGUCGCCGCUGGUGCCAUCGCCGAGAAGUACCUGAAGCUGUCGCACGGCGUUGAGAUCGUCUGCUUCGUCUCCUCCGUCGGCAACGAGCACCUCUACCCUCCCACCCCCGAACACCCUACCGCCUCCACCAACCCCGAAUACCUCAAGCUACUCGAAACCAUCACUCGCGAAAAGGUCGACGAGUUCGCACCCGUCCGCUGCCCCGACACCGCUGCCUCCGAGCGCAUGACCAAGGUGAUCGAACAGUACCGCGACAACCACGACAGCAUCGGCGGAACCGUGACCUGCGUGAUUCGCAACGUUCCCGUCGGCCUGGGCGAACCCUGCUUCGACAAGCUGGAGGCUAAGCUCGGCCACGCCAUGCUCAGCAUUCCCGCCACCAAGGGUUUCGAGAUCGGCUCCGGCUUCGGCGGCUGCGAGGUUCCCGGCUCCAUCCACAAUGACCCUUUCACCACCGUGACCUCCGCCGACGGCACCCAGCGCCUGACCACCAAGACCAACAACUCCGGUGGUAUCCAGGGUGGUAUCUCCAACGGCGCCGCCAUCUACUUCCGCGUCGCCUUCAAGCCUCCUGCCACCAUCGGUCAGGCCCAGACUACCGCCACCUACGACUUUGGUGAGGGUACCCUCGAGGCCAAGGGUCGUCACGACCCCUGCGUCGUUCCCCGUGCCGUCCCUAUCGUCGAGGCUAUGUCCUCGCUCGUUAUUAUGGAUGCCCUCAUGGCUCAGUAUGCUCGUGAGAGCGCUAAGAACCUCCUCCCCCCGCUGCCUUCGACCCUGCCCACCAAGCCGGCUACUGCUCCCAACGGUGCUUAG